AUGAGUUUCAAUGAUAUAAAAACAGUUGAUGGAAAAAUAUAUCAUACCUUUAAAGAUGCAUGUUUCGCUCGCGGUCUGUUGGACGAUGAUAAGGAGUAUUUAAUGGCCAUUACUGAAGCAAGUACAUGGGCUACUUCUGAUUUCUUGCGUACAUUUUUUGUAAUGCUUUUGAUGUCAAACUCCAUUUCUAGGCCGGGUAAUUUCUGGAUGGAAACAAAAUCUCUAUUGUGUGAAGAUAUAUUAUAUCAGCAACGGAGGAUUACUGGUAUUCCUGAUUUGGUUCUUCCAGAGGAAGAGAUUGAAAACAUUUGCUUAUCACAUAUCGAAAAACUGUUACUUGGUUAUGGAAGUAUGUUAAGCAACUUUUCUGACAUGCUAAAUGUUCCUAACAACUACACUUCAGCAUUGAACAAUCAAUUGAUAAUGAAUGAACUUUCGUAUGAUCGGGCUAUCUUAAAAAAGGAACUUGCAGCUUCCUUAAAAUCUUUAAGUGAUGAACAACGAAAAGUGUAUGAAGCCGUCAUGAAUGCAGUUGUUAAAGGAAGUAGAGGAGUUUUCUUUCUAUAUGGUUACGGUGGAACUGGUAAAACAUUUCUGUGGAAAACAUUUGCAGCUGCGUUACGUUCCAAUGGUGAAGUUGUGUUGAAUGUUGCAUCCAGUGGUAUUGCAUCACUUCUAUUAGAUGGUGGUAGAACGGCUCAUUCCAGGUUUGUAAUUCCGAUAAAUGUUAACGAGGAUUCUAUAUGCUCUAUAGAACCGAACAGUGAGCUAGGAGGCUUAAUAAAAGAAACUAAGAUGAUAAUCUGGGAUGAAGCGCCAAUGACACAUAAGCAUUGUUUUGAAGCUCUGGAUAGAACAAUGAGAGAUAUAGCCCGUUCCAGUAAUCCGUCCUUGCAGAACAAACCUUUUGGUGGAAAGAUUGUGCUUUUUGGCGGUGAUUUUAGACAAAUCCUUCCAGUCAUUCCAAAAGGUACCAAAAGCAUGAUUGUAAAUUCUUUAUUGAAUUCUUCUUAUAUAUGGCAGGAUUGUCAGUUACUCAAGUUAACUGAAAACAUGAGGUUAAAAAUGGGUACCAAACCAAGUAAUUUUAACGAGACCAAGGAAUUUGCUGAAUGGAUUUUAAGGCUUGGUGAUGGUCUACUUGGUGGUCCAAAUGAUGGAGAAGUGGAAAUUGAAAUUCCAGAUGAUUUACUUAUACUCGAUGCAGUCAAUCCUAUAUCUUCAUUGAUUGCUUUCACAUAUCCGGAUAUGCAAAAGUUUUUAUGCGAUUCAAAUUACUUCCAACAAAGAGCCAUUCUUGCACCCACAAAUGAAGUUAUGGAUUCAAUAAAUAUAGAACUGUUAAAUAAUAUGCCUGGUGAAGAAAAGAUAUAUCUCAGUUCAGAUACUUUAUGUGAGUCUGAGGAUCAAACCGACCUUAACAUGGCAUUGUUUCCUCCGGAUGUAUUAAACAAAUUGCAUCUGUCAGGAUUACCUAACCAUAAAUUGGUUCUCAAAGUUGGAGCUCCGGUAAUGUUACUUAGAAACAUUGAUCAAACAAAUGGUCUGUGUAACGGUACACGGCUUCAAGUAACAAAACUUGGAAAACUUGUAAUCGAAGCAAAGAUUAUUACUGGAAAUAAUAUAGGUCAUCAUACUUUGACUUCAAGAUUGAAAAUGACACCAUCCGAUAAAAGAUUACCGGUGAAAAUUGCACGAAGACAGUUCCCAUUAUGUCUAUACUUUGCAAUGACCAUCAACAAAAGCCAGGGACAAUCACUUGAACGUGUAGCUUAUAUCUUCCACGGCCGGUUUUUAGUCACGGACGACUAUACGUUGCUGUAUCUCGAGUAA